UCUCUAGCCCGAGAGGCGAGAGGGUGCCAGUGUGCGGUGCUGCUGCUGGUGGGUAGAGUGAGCGUGUGCGCGCGCGUCAAUCGCCUCUCUGCAUCCUAUCAAACUUUUGGGAAACGGCUUCUAAAUGGCCGUCCCUAUACUGCAGAAUAUAUGUUUGUUCCACUCGUAAUUAGAACUCAAAAGUGACCAUCUUUCAGAGAAAUAUCGUGUGUUGAACACACACAUGUUCAGUGCUACUAUGCAUGUGACAUAACAUUUUCUCGUACAGUCAAAAAAAUUUCGGAAUGCAGCUGAUUACAGUCUGAAAAUUGGCGUGAAAGAAGACAAUAAUUACUCCUCAUUCCUUAUGGAAAAUGUGGGCUGAUACUAUUGAGAACCCAGACGAGGAGUUGCUUGCUUAUAAUCCAAGCAUCACAGGACCAAGAAGGAUAAGAUAAAUCCAUACUAUCCACCCCCCAAAUCUACCUUCGGCAGAUAUACAAGGUUAAGAUCCCGAAAAUUAAAUCCACCAACAAGAAAUUAUUAAAGAAAAGACAUGGAUUGAAAUCUUCUUAUGGAUCACGCAAGACGAUUCGGACAAGACUUAGUCAUAAGAAAAAUAUAUCGUGUGAAAACGGAGAUAUAAUUUAGGAAGACUUCUAGGGACACAAAAACGUGGAAGAAGGCGAAACGUCGGACACGAGACGUUAAGGGAAUUGGAGGAAGGUUAGAUGGUAACUUGACAAGGAUGAAACAUCACAGAUUAAGAUGUAAAAUCCCUCUGGCGAAGAGUUCCAGCAGCAAUGUACCCUAACAUGGAACACUGCUAUAAUUAUCCAUUCUGCUAUUACUACUACCGAUACAGCUCCAAUAAAUACUAGUUCUAGUACUCGAACUAUACUAAUAGUAUUCCUAGUACUACCAAUACUGUCGUUAGUACUGCUGCUACUUCUACUACUCCUGCUUCUUCUACUGCUUCUACUACUACCACCUUGCCAACCAAGGAAGUGAUAUAAGACGAUGUAUUCCUCAGACGUAAGUGGCACUUGGCAACACAACUUAACACUCAAAGGUUGUCCUCGACCAAGUUAUCUCUUCGUCUUGAGUAUAAUGUUCGCCUCCAAUGAGCUGAUGUGAGUGCUAAUUUCCACAAUAGACCUAACAUCAUGAUAUCAGGAACGUUUUGAACUCUGCAAGUAACACAUACAAUAUUUCAUUGUUGUUCAAUGUUACAAGCGGACGACCCUGUACUAUAUGAGGGCAAAUAAGGAGCUUAAUUAGCUAAACCUUAAAACGGAAUCAGAUGAACAAAAGAUAAUAAAAACUUCUAAAAUACGUUGAACUGAUAACAAGUUGAAUAAAUUCAAUUACUACUUCAUGAAAACUAGUAACAACUAUAUAAAAUAUUGUGACAUUAGCUUAGUAUCUAAUUGCAAAAUAUUAAUUUUGAUAUCAAGAAAUUUACCAGUAAGAUAAAAAAAAUUACAUAUACUACUUUUCAUAGAAUAUAUAUACUACCUUUCAGUUUUUAAUAUAUCAGGAAAAAUCUAAAUAUCCCAACAGUGAACAGCAGGAACUUCAAUAUAUAGCAAUGACCUCCUUAUGUUCCACCUCAAUGUGGUCACAUAACAUAUAAACGUGGGUGAACAAUUAGUUCACAGAGAGACGUUAUGAAUUAAUAUCAUUCCAAGCUGAAUCGCAGCUAAUCUGACAAAAUUACCGCAUAUCUGGCCUAAUCGGCAACAUAGCUGGCCUAAUUAGCAGCAUAUCUAGCAUAAUAAUUAGCACUAAUAUUAUUAUUAUUACUAUUAUACGUGGCCCAAGCUAUGUGUUCCAGUCCAGUGUUCCUGUACAAUAAUGACCCAGCUAAAUAUAUCCAGAAUAACCGGCGUAAAAGCUAGAACAUCACGUUUAUACAUGAAUAAAUAAGCUAUCAACAAAAGCUAAAGCAGAUUCUCUCAGUAUUUCUUUAUCACGAGGAACGAGAGGAAGAAAAUCCCAGCUAAAUACCAGGGAGGGAUUACAGCAAAUUUCUAACAAAGGAACUAAAUCCCAAAUGAGGCAUUACAAACAAAUGCCGGUGAUCUCUAACCAAAUCCCAGGAAACGAUUGGCAAAACGUCCCAGGGAUGGGAAGCAAAUAUAUCCCAGUGAUCGUAAACAAACUUUUCCAGUACGGGAUAUCAAAUAUAUCCCAACUGAAAAAUAACAGAUACACUCUUGUGAAUAAGUAAAUAUAUCCCAAUGAACAAUAGAACACAUCCCAGCGAGAGACAAGUAUAUCCCAGUGAAACGUAAAAAUAUCCCAUUGAAAUAUAAACAUAUCCCAGUGAAAGAUAUAUCCCAGAAAUAAAUAGACAUGUCCCAGGAAUAAAUAAGCGUAUCCCAGUUAAAGAAACAUGUCCCAGUGAAAGAAACAUACCCCAGUGAAACAAACAUAUCCCAGUGAAACAAACAUAUCCCAGUGAAACAAACAUAUCCCAGUGAAACAAACAUACCCCAGUGAAACAAACAUAUCCCAGUGAAACAAACAUAUCCCAGUGAAAUAUCCCAGUGAAACGUAAACAUAUCCCAGUGAAACGUAAACAUAUCCCAGUGAAACGUAAACAUAUCCCAGUGAAACGUAAACAUAUCCCAAUGAAACGGUAAACAUAUCCCAGUGAAACGGUAAAUAUAUCCCAGUGAAACGUAAACAUAUCCCAGUAAAACGGUAAACAAAUCCCAGUGAAAGAAACAUGCCCAAGUGAAAGAAACAUGCCCCAGUGAAACAAACAUAUCCCAGUGAAACAAACAUAUCCCAGUGAAAUAUCCCAGUGAAACGUAAACAUAUCCCAGUGAAACAUAAACAUAUCCCAGUGAAAAGUAAACAAAUCCCAGUUAAUGAGAGCUAGAAUACCCUCCCAAAGCAAAAAUCUGAGCAAAUAGAACAUCAAGGAUCCAGACAAUCUCCCAAGUUCAAUACCCCAAGCAAAAUCCCUAGAUGCUCUGACGUCAUGGCAAGGAAUUAAAGGAAAAUUGAACUUUUUUUUUUUGUUUUUUGGAGGUGAUUAAAUAUUCCUGGAAGGCAGGAAUCCCAGGGAGAUUACCCCACCAUGGCCUCCGGAACUGACGUCGCAUUCUGCUGCGUCUUAAUGCUACUUUCCCUGUCUAGGGACUGUUUCUGCUCGGGACCAGAGUUCUGGGGUGUCAUCAACCCGGCGUGGGCCAUGUGUUCCGAAGGUCGUCGUCAAUCUCCCAUCAACCUGGACCCACGCACUCUACUUCACGACCCAAAUCUCACGCCCAUCUCCCUCGACAAAACUCAGGUCCAAGGAAUGCUGGUCAACACAGGUCAUAGUCUCGAAUGGCGGGUGAAGUCUUCAUCAAGUCCCCAAGUCAACCUCUCCGGCGGGCCUCUCUCCUACACCUACGCCGUCAGUCACUUGCGUCUUCACUUCGGCGAGAGAGACCUACAGGGCUCCGAGCACACGAUCGCCAACUACGCCUUCCCCGCCGAGCUGCAGAUCUACGGCUACAACGCGCAGCUGUACCGAAAUUUCAGCCAAGCAGCAAGUCAAGUAUAUGGAGUAGUGGCUGUGGCCGUUCUGAUUCAGCUUGGUGACCGUACUUCUCCUGCUCUGGCCACGAUGCUGGAAGGUCUUCCCAGCGUCAAAUUUGGUGGUUCUUCCUCAGCCGUGCACGACCUGACCAUAAGAGAACUUCUGCCCACGACUGAGCAGUACCUGACCUAUGACGGGUCCCUCACCGUCCCCGCCUGCUAUGAGACUGUCACCUGGAUUCUACCCAAUAAGCCCCUGUAUAUUGCCUUCAGCCAGAUGCGAAGUCUAAGGCGGCUCAGACAAGGGUCUUCCGACUUCCGCAGAAACGCGCCCGUCGCCAACAAUUUCCGACCACUGCAGUCGGCACAUCACCGCACCGUCCGAACCAAUAUUGACUUCUCCUCUGAUAGCCAGGGGAAAAAGUGUUCAGUGUCAGAACCGAAAUUCCACUAUCGAGCAAACGACUGGCUUCACUCCUGACCAGGAUUGUGGCAAGAUAAAUGUACAUACACCACAAGCAACAUAAUGGAUGUUUGUUUAUAAUGUAAAUAGCUUUUCGGCAUUUGGUACAUAUUUUACUUGGAUGUUGAGCUCAUCCAUUCGUUGACUUGGAUAUGUGGAUAUUUCCUCCGGAAAUAAUGUUGUAAUGAACAUGUGUUCAAGAAGCAAGACAUGUUAGACAGUAAUUAACCUUGGAAGAAAUGUUGAAAAAUGUUUGAUGUUAUUCUCUAAUUUCUAAGAAGAUUUAACCAAACUUUUUUUAACUCUCUCUCUCUCUCUCUCUAUAUAUAUAUA